AUGCAUUUGCUUUGCGCUGGUCUUCUUUGGCUCUCUCUUAGCAAUGGCCUCAGCGCUGACUGUCCAGGACGAUGUAGCUGUGAGUCCAGGCAGUUUGUACAGUGCUACAGGCUCAUGGAAGUACCUUCAGGCAUUCCUUCCACCACCAAGAGUCUCUACAUUAGCCACAGCAGAAUCCAGCACCUUCAGCUGUCUAACUUCACUGGGCUGUUGGCUCUAGAAGAUUUUAUUCUGCUGGCCAGUGGAACAGAGUCUGUAGAAAAUGACACAUUCAAAACUUUGAGUACUUUAAGGACCCUAGAAUUUUGGAAAAAUAAAUUGAGACGAGUCCCCAGUGCUCUCCCAGCCAACCUCGAAGUGUUAAAAUUAAAUGAUAAUUCGAUAUGCGCUCUACAUGCAUCGGAUUUUGAAGGACUGAAAAAAUUAAAAGUCCUUGAACUUAAAAACAACUUGAUUUCUUCCCUGUCUCCCAGCAUGCUCCCCUCACUCAUCAGUUUGCGAAGUUUGAUGGUGGAUGGAAACAAUAUAGAGUCUAUAGCUGGACCACUGAGCCUUCCACAUCUGAAGCACAUGAGCAUGGAGAACAACAAACUCCAUCUUAUACCAGGGAAUGUCUUCACUUCUCUGCAGAAUUUGCAAUUUCUCAGUUUCAGUGGUAACUUUCUGACUAAAAUUCCUACAAAUCUACCCAAAUCCUUGCUAUCUUUAAAGAUGGAGAGAAACCAGCUCAAAGUCAUUAGGUUUCGAGAUGUGAGACACUUGGAGAACCUGUCCCGUCUUUACCUGUCAGAGAACUUCCUGUCUUCCAUUGACGGGGUGCAGCUGCUUACCAAUUUAACUACGCUUGAGGUCUCCCAAAACCGGCUUCAGACAUUGCCUCCCAGGCUACCAGCAAGGUUGCAGAAACUCGACUGUAGCAGUAACUUCAUUCAGAAAGUGACAGCACCAGAGUUCCAGGACCUCCGAGACCUGAAACACCUGUUCCUAGACAACAAUGUUGUCAGCGUGUUUGAGGCUGGAGCCCUUCAGAGGUGCUCUCAGCUGUCCAACCUGGCCCUGGAGCAGAAUCUUCUAUUGUCCAUACCUCUGAGGCUUCCCAAGACCCUGGCCAGGCUGGACCUCAAGGGCAAUGCCAUCCAGAACAUGUCUGAGAGGGAGCUCAGGGACCUCAAACUGCUUCAGGUUCUCAACUUGAGGAACAACAAGAUCUCAGCCUUAGAUCUCAAGGCACUGGAGGGGCUGCCUCGCCUCAGGCACCUGUACCUGGAUGGAAACCCCUGGAACUGCACCUGCAGUGUCCUACGAGCCAGGGAAGUCCUGAAGGCCAAGGGUACGGAUGUGAAAGGAGGACAGUGUGCAGCCCCAGCCGAGCGACAAGGGGAGAGCUGGAUGUCUUCCAAGAAGAUCGUAAGACAGUGCGAGCAUCACUUACACCAGAAUGAGAAAAGCAAAGAGAGCAAGAAGAAAUCGAAGCUGGAAGACUCUUCCAGCAUCAGACUCAGCAUGGACGAUGAUGACGAUGAUUAUGAAAUAGAUUAGAGAUGAGCUUUGCUUUCAGUUUAGAAAUGACUUUUAAUGUUCACUCUUAAGCAGAAAUACGCUAUCAUUUAGAUAUGCAAGCCACCUUUGUAAGUGGCCUUUGUUAUUUUUGAAGAUGAAAUAAGGGUUAACAUUAGUUUAAAUGCAGGAGGAAAGAAGCAAUAGAUGUGUUUCCCAUUUUGAAACAAUUUGUGUUAUAGUCUGCAACCUAGACAAAUAAUGUCAAAUAAAAUUAUC